AUGGAUAUUUCCAGGUUGCGGUUGGUCGAAUAUUCCUGGAGGGGUGGAGGAGCGAGGGGCCGAAUACCAAAGGCGAUAUUUGUGGCCCCCAACAUGAGGAAUUUAUUGAGACACGACAAAAACGGAGGGGCGUGGUGCCCUAAGAACACGGUGACGAAGGAAACCUAUGAGCACUUGGAGAUAGACCUCGGCCGGCUUACGGUCGUCACCGGGACAAGGACUCAAGGGAGGUUCGGCAACGGCCAGGGCCAGGAGUUCGCCGAAGAGUUCUUCCUCGAUUAUUGGCGCCCGGGGUUCACUAGGUGGCGUCGCUGGAGGAACCGUCAGGGGAAGCAGAAAGUGUUUGAUGUGGAGCAUGUGUUGAACCCAGUUGUGCCCUACAUCUGA